AUGCAAAAUAUACAAGGUGCUUUUUGUUUUACGUCGCCUGCACUCUAUACUGACCAACGUAAUAUGUCUGCAUAUGCAUUACGUGAUGGUAAAAUUAAAGACGUCACCCCAGAUGAUUGGACAACUUUGUUUAAAGAUGUAUUGAUAUCUUAUGAAGGCGCUGUUCUAGUAAUUUCAAAGGAAGAAGAGUGUAGCGAUCUUAAUGAUGCAUUGAAGACAUACGAAGAGUGGUGUACCUCGAGCGUUAAUGAGAAUUUAAUAUUGGAGGAUAAAAAAAUGAAAUGGGUCCAAUACACAAACAGCGGAGGUGAUUCAUUUGAAAGUUUCAAAUUUAGCACCUUGGUAAAGGGGCAAAUAUUAGUCCUUUCAGGUGCAUUCCCCGAUAUAAUUGUUAAAUUAGAUGCAAUAUUUGGCUUGGAAACUAUUACAAACAGCAUGCAAUGUAAUUUAAUAAUGAUCGCAGUUCUCAAAGUUCUAAUGGAAAGGACUCUAGAGUCUCUUUUUUGUAUUGAAAAGGAUAUAAUAGAGAAAGAAACAGAAACACGGAAGGUUGUGCUAAUGAAAAAUUCAUUACAUGAAGAGUAUAUGGGCUCCAGAGGAAAUUAUCUUGUGGAACUGUCACAUACAUUGUUUAAUGCGGGUACGACUUUGCGUGACGUAACAGAAAAUAUUAAGUAUCUUUGUACAAAUGAUGCUUCUGAAAAUGUUAUUAAAGGUUCAGAGAUAAUAAUCAAAAAGGGGGAAAACAAAAUUACUCAGUUAAUGAUUAAAUUACGAGAAAUGAGACAAACGGUAGAAGAAAAUGGAACAAAAUUCUUUGAUUCUGUAAAGUGGAUCAUUGAUGCUUUCCUUAUGGCAGCAGUUGCUAUCGGGGUGGCUUUCGCUUGGUUUCUCCAUGAUAAAGAAAGCAGACCAAGAAAAUACACACUAAUCGCAGUAUGUGUUGUUGGAUUCAUGGGAAUGAUAUUUAGGAUAUGUGCCUGUGUUCUUUGGGAACAAUGGAGCUUUAGGUGGAGAAAGUUUUGA